CCUUGGAGAAGGGUGCAGGGGCUUCUUUCUCUGCCUGUCACGCUGAGCCUGGAACAGCGGCUGGCAUGCAGUAGGCGCUCAGUAAAUGCUUGUCCAAAGCAGCAACACGCUUGGUGGGGCCGGAGCCGGUUGUAGGAUGGCACUGGCCUGCCUGGGCAUGCUUCUGUGCGCUCCACUGUGGCAAGACCUGUUCUUGCAGGGAGGGGACUGGUAACCUCAGCCUGCAGGGCCUCCAGUUCAGGCUUUCUGCCUACCCAGCAACUUCUAAUUUGGGUGCGUGGUUGGGAGAUGCUCUCAGCUGUCAGCUCUGCCUUUGGGGGGCCAGCUCCGUGCUCUCUCACAACCAUAAGUGCAGCUGAAGGUGGGGGCCAUCUCCCAGCCCUGGGCUGGAGGUGCCACAGGUGGGACAGGAGACCACCACAGUGCCCUGGGCUGCAUCCCUUGAGGAGCGAUGACAGAAUAUAAGCUUGUGGUGGUGGGCGCUGGAGGUGUGGGGAAGAGUGCCCUGACCAUCCAGCUCAUCCAGAACCACUUCGUGGAUGAGUAUGACCCCACCAUCGAGGACUCCUAUCGGAAGCAAGUGGUUAUCGAUGGUGAAACGUGCCUGCUGGACAUUUUGGACACGGCGGGCCAGGAGGAAUAUAGUGCCAUGCGGGACCAGUACAUGCGCACUGGAGAGGGCUUCCUGUGUGUGUUUGCCAUCAACAACACCAAGUCUUUCGAGGACAUCCACCAGUACAGGGAGCAGAUCAAGCGAGUGAAGGACUCCGAUGACGUGCCCAUGGUGCUGGUGGGGAACAAGUGUGACCUGGCUGCUCGCACCGUGGAGUCCCGGCAGGCGCAGGACCUCGCCCGCAGCUAUGGCAUCCCCUAUAUCGAGACGUCGGCCAAGACUCGCCAGGGCGUGGAGGACGCCUUCUACACGCUGGUGCGAGAGAUCCGGCAGCACAAGGUGCGAAAGCUGAGCCCGCCCGACGAGGGUGGCCCAGGCUGCAUGAGCUGCAAGUGCCUGCUCUCCUGACGUCCCUUCCAGGCCCCCGCUGACAUCCCCGCAGGCCCUCUGUGCCCCAGCAGCGCAGGCAGGGGGCGUGGAGGUGCCAGAUGCCGGGAGGAGGUGCCAACGGAGGAAGGAGGAGGGGAAGGAAGGAAGGAAGUGCCACCGGAGCCCGGCCAGCCCAGGCUCCCUGGACAGAGUGACCGCAGACCUCCCAGGACGCUUUGCACAGACUGUGGUGAACUGAGGCCACCGGCACCCUGGCUGUCACUCUCCUCCCAGCCCCGUCCUGGCCCUUUGGCCACAGGCUGAGUCGCAGUAAAUUAUUGGAUGGUCUUGA